AUGAAACCUUCAUCGCAUCGUCUGUUUAUUGGGAAAAUUCCGCCUGGUACUACUGAAGAGGAAUUAAGACAAGAGUUCAGUGCAUAUGGCAACAUUGAAGCACUUGAAAUCAAAACGAAAACAAACCCACUAAAUGAUUCGAUAGAAAUCUUCGGUUUCGUUACGCUGCAAACGGAGAACCAUAUCGUGCAUCAGUGCAUCGACGAGUUUCAACAACAACCAUACAAAGGUGUGUACUUGAACGUAUCUAGAGCAAAAGAAUCUUUUCUUGAGAAAUUGAAGCGUGAAAGAGAGGAAGCUGAGGCGCAGAAAAACACUGCUUCACAGUUGGAUCCAUACAAAAAGCCAGUAGAAGAAAAACAUGUUAAAGAACCGGUCAUACCGCUUCCUACAUUACCAACCCUCAGUAAAGGCAAAGAGAGUAGUUCUUCCGAGAGCUCGGAAUCGGAAAGUGAUGACGAACCUACGCCGGCUGAAAGGAAACCGUUUGAAGGGCCACGCGGUGGUAGACCUCAACCACCGAAGGAGCAAGAUGAAAUAGUGAAAAAAUGGAACCAAGAAACGUACAUUGAGCACGGCAAAUUGAAAAUUAUCCCCAUUACUGGUCAGAUAGCGGAGGUGAUCGACCGAUCGAAGCCCCACCAGAAGCGACCGGAAGAUAAAAAGCUCGGUGAAACUGCCCGCAUAGCGGAUGAGAAGCGAAAGCAGGGUCUGAGUAACUUAAAAUCUGCGUACGAGCAGCAAAAGCUAGCGAUCAAAAGUGCUCUCGCUGGUGAAUCGCUAAAUAGUAAGAAAAAAAUCACGUUCGACGAUGAUGAUACACCGGGGCAAACGAAAUUAUCCCUGUUCGAUGGAGAGGAUGAAGAGGACGAUGGAUUCCGGGCGAAUUUUAGCGUACGCAAGCAGAUGCUUGGAGAGGAAGGCCAAAAGCUGUACGAGAUGCAAACGUCCUUUCAAGCGGAUAAUCGGUUUCGAUUGGAUGCACGAUUUUUGGAAAAUGCAGAUAAACCUGCCGCACCGAAGGGCAAAGGAAAGGAAGCCAAGGAACGGAUGAAACAGUUGGAAAUUCUAUCGAAUGUUACUGGCAAGCCGAUUAGCAUAGAAAAUCGAAUGGAUAGUAAAACCAGUCUACAAAUGCAACGUUUCGACCCUUUGCAACAGAAAGAAUCGGAUCCCAAUGAAAUGCCGGAACCGCUAGCCAAAGAGUCCGAGAGAAAAAAAGCGGAACGUCGUGAAGACGAUUUUAAAGUUUCCGAUGAAAAGUUUUACAAAGUAGCGGACAAUUUCACCAUUUCGUCCCAGAAACAGUCACAAGGCUUCAGUCUGCUAUCAAUGUUUGGAAAGGCAAUGGAAACCAAGGAUAGUGCAAUGGAAGUCGAUCGAAUGCCAGAAGAACAACCCCUGAAGAGUGAUAUCCGCUUCCGGUAUGAAUCGUCCGACAGCGAGGAAGAGCAAGAAACAAAAACGAAAGGCAGUAAAAAGCAAAAGAAGCAGGAAAUCGAGAAAAUGAAAUUAGAAGCGGAAAGCAAAAAAGGGAAAAAGAAAAACAAGCUGAACGAAAAAAAGCAAACGGGACCAGGAUACUACACGAAGCAGGGUAUAUGGAAGGAAAGCUUUUUCUUCAUCCCCAACGAUCCACGUCUGGAUGCCGGCCGAGAAUUUCUUGGAUUUGUCACAGACUCCGAAGGCAAUUUGAAAACGGCUAAAGAAGCGGUUGGCGGUUUAACGGAAGACGAUGUUCAAGAUAUUCGUCAACUGUACAAAAAACGACGACAUCGCGAAAACCGAUUCGUUCACAAAGAAUCGAAGCUGGGUCUUAAACGGUUAAAGAAGAAAACGAUGACGACGCGCACCAAGACCACCAAACCGAAAUUAAGUUAA